AUGGGGGAAAAAACUGUGCAGGUGAAGAUGAAGUGGAGCUUUCAAGGAGAGGUUGAAUUUAGGAAUUGGGCUAACCGUCUCGGGUGUGAUUGGGACAUCAUGCAGCUUUCAAAACUUAAAAAAUUAAGCAUGAGAUCUGUAGCAACUAUUCUUGAUCCAGCUGCUAGGUUUGAUGAGAUGAUUAUUGGACCGCAGCGUAAGUAUUACUUCCUAGGUGGGAAAGGAGGCGUGGGGAAAACAAGCUGUGCUGCUUCCCUUGCUGUAAAAUUUGCAGACCACGGCCACCCUACCAUUGUGAUCUCAACUGAUCCUGCUCACUCCUUAAGUGACUCUUUCUCCCUGGAUUUGGCAGGAAGGAAUCUUGUUUCUAUCGAUGGACUGAAUUCUCCUUUGUUGGCUCUAGAGAUAAAUCCAGAUAAAGCUAAAGAGGAAUUUCAAUCUGCAAGUCAAAAGAAUGGUGGUAGUGUUGUCAAAGAUUUUAUGAAUAACAUGGGCCUUGGGAUGCUUGCUGAUCAGUUGGGGGAUCUAAAACUUGGAGAGCUGUUGGACACCCCUCCGCCAGGUUUAGAUGAAGCUAUAGCAAUUUCCAAGGCAUGUACAUUCUUUGAUCCGUUUCUAAUUACUUUUAGUGUUUUAUGCUUACCUUCAUUUGAGACUGUUUUUUAUCCUAACACUACAGUUGCUUGUAGGUUGGGCAGAUAUGCUAUUGAAUCUUACUUGGAACAAAUUUUGUCUCAUGGGUUUUUCCAUGCUGACCCAGUAAGAUUUUGUGUUUAUACAAAUACCUUGGAUGCUCAAGAUAUUCGAGUUUAUUUGUGGAAAUGCUAG